AUGGCUGUCGAAAUUGAGAGUGCGAAAAACGAGAUCAGCAAGUCCACCAAAGAAGCUGGCACGUCAUGGAAACAAAACGAAGAACACGUCUUGCCCAAGAACCGUUUAGGUAUCGUCUUCUUCGGUUUGAUGUGCAGCGUCUUCUUGGCCGCCUUGGAUCAGACAAUCGUCGCUACCGCUUUGCCCACUAUCGUGGCAGAUCUUGGUGGCGGAAGGAACUACAGCUGGGUUGGAAGCGCCUACAUGUUGGCAUGUGCUGCCAUCGGACCAUUGUAUGGCAAACUCUCUGACAUGCUGGGCCGAAAGCCCGUGUUAUACAGUUGCAUUGUGAUAUUCUUAGUGGGCUCUGCGUUGUGUGGUGCCGCCCAAAACAUGACGUGGCUUAUCAUUUCCCGUGCUUUUCAAGGCAUUGGGGGUGGCGGUAUUAUCCAGCUCGUGCAGAUCACCAUCUCAGACAUUGUUUCCUUGCAGGAUCGAGGAAAGUAUGGUGGUUAUAUUGGCGCAACCUGGGGCGUUGCCAGCGUAGUGGGACCACUUCUCGGUGGAGUUUUUACCGAUAAAAUCUCGUGGCGCUGGUGUUUUUGGAUCAAUCUGCCCACCGGCGGGCUUGCGGGCGCCUUGCUGUUCUUAUUCUUGAACCUCAAUCCUCAUCAGCGAAAACCGUGGCGUGAAUACGUCCAUGAAUUUGAUUUUCUUGGACUUGCGCUCAUAGUAUCCGGAGUCGUUUGCUUGUUAAUCGGGUUUAAUUCAAGUGAAACGGAAUGGCAGAGCGCAGAGACCAUCGUACUUCUUGUGGUUGGCGGAGUUCUGCUUGGCGCUGGGGGGGUCAACGAAAUAUACACCAAACGAUCAGCGAUCAUCCCCGCAAGAUUGUUUAAAACCCGUACAACUGGCGCCGUCCUGAUCUCUGUUUUCUUGCAUGCACUUGUGUUUUUUGGUGGUUCCUAUUACCUGCCAAUGUAUUAUCAAGUUCUUGGUGCUUCUGCCACGGGUUCCGGCAUUCGGAUGCUUCCCUUCUCUCUUGGUAGCGCAUUGCUCUCCAUUAUAUCAGGGAUUAUAGUUACCCGAACUGGAUCCUAUCGUCCAGUAAUGUGGGGUGCUUGGGCGGUGAUGACUAUUGGAUGGGGUCUCAUGAUCAUGUUGGACAGCACUUCUAAUAACGCUGAGAAGGAGUUAUAUCCAUUGGUCACGGCGGCCGGGCUUGGUUGCUUAUUUCAGACGCCGCUCAUUGGGUUGCAGGCUGCUAUGCCCCUGAAGGAUAUGGCCACCAGCACGGGUGCAUUUGUUUUUCUCCGUAUUCUUGGGGGGACCGUUGGCAUCACCAUCGGCGAAACUAUUAUUUCAAGCGUGCUCCCACGAAAACUUAACGGAAUUCAAGGUCUGAGUAUUGGCACCUCCGUUGCAGAUAUCAAUGAUAGCGUAAGGCAAAUUGCUUCGAUUUCCGAUCCAACCCUCCGAGCGGAGGUCAUGCAUGCAUACGCUCGAUCCAUCAGUACGAUUUGGCUCGUCAAUACACCCGUGUCGGCUUUUGGGUUCCUGACUGUACUGUGUAUCAAGGCCUAUACACUGAAACGAAACAUUGUCCGCGGUGGGGCUUCCAAACCAAUUGAUACAGAAAAGGGGGCUGCACCUCAGUCAGAAGCCGAAGCUGGUACCGGUGGCGUAGAAGUCACGGACGCUAAAAGAACAGGGAAUGACGAAGAAGUUGCACGCGACGAUGCCACUGAACGGACGCAUGUUUCGCCAUAG